AUGGAAGAUCUUGCGCAGAAAGUGCAAUUGUUCUCGGAGAAAACCCUCCGAGAUAUCGCUAAAGGCCCAUUGGUGAAAUUCACACUGACAUGCCAAGACACUGAAAAGGUGAACCGGGUAUGGCAGUCGUUGGUUAAUACGCUAUCGACAGCAUCUAUCUCGCCACCUCAUUCUGCAGAGGCAUGCAAUGCUGCCUCUGCUUUUAUUGAUGCUGCCAUCAAGUCACAAUGUGAUGCAACCCAACAGUUGAUUCUAUCACAAGAAGCAUGGCUGUCGAUAUUUGAUAUUUGUUUGACUCGAUAUGAAGACGCAAAGCCAAAGCCCAUUAAGAAACUCCUCGCCUCAAUCACUGCCAUCUUAGCCAAACGUCACCAAGGAACGACGAGGGCAACUCUUCAAAGUUCAAUUAUUGAUGCGCUAAUUCCCAGCAUUGUGCUUGGGGAGCCUCAAACUCGACUUAAAGGAUCUCUGGUGUUUUUGGAAACAUUCAUCAGAAAGGAUGCUUUGUUGCCCAGCGAAUUUAUCCCUUUGAUUCGACAGUGGCUUUUGAAGAAUACAGAUAGAUGGCCGACGCUGUUUGCCAAUGAUCAUGAGACUCUGUCUCUAGGCGAAUCAGGCCCCGCUUUUGAUACUGCAUCUGGCCGCCUCUCCGAUGAACUAGCAGCAAGGAUCUUUGUUCUAGGGCUCCUGAUCCAAACUAACAACAGAACAAUGGCCGUGGCAGCUGGAAACUUACUGGCGAUGUUGAUCCAGAAGAUGAAGCCUGGAAACUCGUCGGAAAAGCUGUCAGCGAUGUGGGUAACCCCAGUGCGACGCACAGCCUUACAAAACAUAGAAACGUUGGAAGACGUAUCCAAUAGGCUCCUGGAGCCUCUGUUUACUAUUGAUCCCAAUGGCUUCAAGAUUUUCCUUGACACCCUCCCAGUCAAGAGCCUUCUCAAAGGUGAUAUGACCGAUGCGCCUGAGGCAGAGUAUAUGGUUCUUUUUGCUGCUCUACAGAUCGGCAAGAAGAUCAACUUAGUCCAUGAAGAUUAUAUUUUCAACGUUGGCAAAAUGAAAAUCGAUGAAAAUAAGGUGCUGAUUAUGAAGAGCGACGUGAUCGGCAACUUUCUCUUGCACCGCGAGGCCAAUAUCCGUAUAGCCGCUCUCUCACUGUUAAUUACAGCAUUUUCCACAGUAAAGCCAUUUACAGUGGGGGCAACGAAGGCCAUCCUUCUAGGACUACCCUCUAUGCAUGCUGAAUCUGACGCAUAUACCCGAGGAGAAGUUCUAAGUUUGACACGUAAAUUUUUUGUUCGUCUAAGGGGUGGCAUUGUCAAAGACGAAGAUGCUGUCUUACAUACAGAGAAAACAGCCAGCAAGCCAGCUCAAGGUCAGGUCAGAAAUGAAGCUGAAACCACUGAGUUCCUCAAGGCAUACCUCAAGUUAUUAGGUGAUGAUUUGCGUCUGGCGGCAUCAUAUCCGCGCCAUAUCACGGCUCUCAAAGCUCUAAAGCUCCUACUGGACUCCGGUCUUGAUCCACGGAUAGAGGUCAAGCUUCAAAAAUCAGAGAUGGAAAAUCUUUGGAAAGUCCAGGUCGAAGUGUUUGAUGCUCACCUACUCCGGUUGUUGAUUGAUCUCCUGCUGGAUCCAUUUGAGGAAGUCCGACAAACUUCGCUUUCGAUCUUGAGUUUGUGCCCUCGGGAGAUUCUGCUCAACGGAUUGCACAAUAAGACGGACCAGCAGUCGGCUGUUGGCAUGCGGUUGACAGACGCAAUUACUCGAGCGGAAAGCCUAGCAAGUAACACUAGCAGAGCUGAUCACGCUGAUACUGUUGCUCGUUUAUACCACAUCAUAUUUUGCGCGGCCCUGCCAGCCAACUCCGGUCAACCGGCUUCUGAUUGGUGGACAACCAAGGCAUCGGUUGUCGACACAAUUUUGAAAAAGCUCGAGGAACGUCUUCUGGAUUCAAAGACCCUUUUCAACCCCGUCAUGCGCGAGGCGCCACUUCAUGGAUAUACGUCCGGCCUUAGGUAUAUCGUCCUUAUGCCAAGCUUCCACUCCCUGAUAUCUGAUGAGUCGGGAUCCGCUGCUUGGCGGUCUGUCCAUAACCGCAUUGUUGCAAUUUGCGAUAAGAUCUGGCUUGAGGCGAAGCCUUUGCUUUGUAUCGAUUCACCCGAAGGUCACUCGGAUGAGCCCACCGAGGACCUGAAUGUGGGACCCAAGGAUGCCCUUUCUUAUUCCUGGAGAUCUCUUCGUGAAGCAAGUCUUCUGCUCCAUGCUACUAUGGUAAACACUAGCUACGGACCAAGUGGAAACGACGGACUCAAUUGGACGGAUUUUUCAAACAUUGGAAGUGUGAGCUUCACACAGCUGGCUGAACUCCGCCAUCGAGGUGCAUUCUCCAACGUCUCGCAGACAUUUGCGACGUGCUGUCAGCGAUGCAGCUCCUCAAAGGAUCCGUCGAUCCGAGAACUUCAUAAGACCUGGUACCAGGAAGCUAAGUCGACUAUUUUUGACUCGGCAUCUAAACUUACCCGUCGAUCUGCUGGUUUGCCUGCAUUGGUAACAGGAAUUGUUGGUUCCGAUCCCGGAACUCCAUUCUUCAACGAGGCCAUUAAUGAACUCCACGAAAUCUCAUCCCUUUCUGUAGAUUACGACAAAGAGAGACAGUACUUGGAGCUGCCCCAGGUCCAUGCAAUGAAUUGCCUGAAAGAUAUCUUUACGAACGCGAAACUUGGCCCCUUUACCGAGCCAUUUAUCAUGAAGGCACUGACGUUGUCCGCCGAACGCCUAGGGUCGCCAAUCUGGGCCCUUCGAAAUUCCGGACUGAUGCUCUUCCGUGCCCUACUCACAAAAAUGUGUCGGGUCAUUCCCGGCGCUGGGCCAGGCUUUGGAGGAAACUCAGGCUCAGAGCCAGGAUCCCGGAUAACAUUCCCCAAGUAUCCUGGUCUGCUUGAACUGCUCUCUGGUCUUCUCACAACGCAGGGUGAAGCAGCGGAGGGCACUGAAAUUAUUACUGAGCGGGUGUUCCCCGCACUGGAACUCGUUGGUGAUAAAGUCCCAAGCUUAGAUGAUCCUACUGAUAAGAUGCUACGCGGAUUGGUUCUUGAACACCUGAGCAGCCCGGUUUGGGGUGUUAGAGAGCAUGCAGCUCGCGUAUAUGCGUCUUUGCUCAUUCGACAAAAUAUUCCGGAAGAAUUAUGCACCCUUGUUACGCUUCCCUCGAAAAUUACCGAGAAUUAUGUUCAUGGUGUUGCUUUGUGUGCGCGAUAUGCUCUUCGUCGAUACUCCUUCACAACUGAUGAUUUCUGGACAUCGAACCUUGAUGUACUUUUCAGGACGUUGCGCACUGUAUUAGGGUUCCUGUUCCACGUUGGAAAAUCGCCGACUGUGGCAAGCGAACUUGGUGAAAUUCUCAAUGGCACACUUGAGCGGGCGAUCCAAGCGCAGAGUGAAAAGCAAGUUCUUCCCUUCAUCAACGAGAUGUUCGAGGUUCACGACCUCGAUAAGAUUUUGAGAUUUGUUUUCGACGCUUCCCAGGCAGGGUGGGACCUCUCAAGUGCUAGCCGAGCAUCUGCCCUUCUUAGAAGAGCACUUGCUUGGUGCACAACAUUGAAAAUGCUUACUUCCCAGCAGUGGGAGCAGCUCCCAGCAUUCUUCACUGGAGUGUCACAAUUCGAUGCAGAUGUCGCUCGUUGGAUUUUGGAGCAACUCCAUGAGUCAGUUGGCGAAGACGAGCGGUACAGACAGCCAUUGGCCGCCUUGUAUUCAUCUGUGGUUUUGGGAGAUAACAGUCCUCGCGUGAAAACAAUGGCCGCGUCAAACUUGGCUUCAAUUAUGGAGAACUUAACAUCGUCACAGUUCGAUUCAGUGUCAAGCCUGGAUCUUCCAUGGGAUGCCAUCGCAAAUAGCUUCCGCCCCCAUACAGAUAUCACUACCUGGAACCGAGACGCAACAGACGCUGAGCUACGACUUCGGGGCUGUCUACUAGCCAUUCGGUUAUCUGUUGAUCAAUCAGUUUCGUCCUCAUUUGAAGGCGAUGUCCGCAGCUGGACCAUCAAGCUUCGCUCUGCCUUGAGCGAGGAGACUGAAUUCACUACCCGUUUUGCUGCAGUCACAUCUGUAAGCAGCUUUUCACGGGCUCUUAGAUGCUCCGGUGCCCAGCCAUGCGUGGAUGCAGUGUUGCUGGAUGUCUAUCUGGUCUUGUAUGACAUGCUCAAUGAUGACGACGAUGAAAUUCGUGAUGUUGCAGCAUCAGCUGCCUCUUGGGUUUUGUCCCACUCAUCCGUUUCACCUGACGCUGAUGUGACCCUGGCACCUCUCAAUGCAAGCUCCCUGCUUGCCGACUUCAUUAUAGAUAACUAUUCAGAUUCGGCACUCCUCGGGCAACGAGUUCUUCGAUAUUUGACUGGCCAAGAGCCAAGGAUCAGUGGAUCUGACGAACACAGUCACUUAGUCGCUGUGUCAGACCAGAUUACAGAGUAUCGCCAAGAGAGUAACGUUCUUUUUGUGGAGGAGAAGCAGAAUCUGUUUAUCGAUGAUGUGCGCGAGGUUGAGGUUUGGUCGCGAGCUUUGUUAAGGCUGAAUCGCUCGGCGUAUGCUAAGUUCUCGUUGGAUGAAACUUCUGCCUGGGCCUUUGACGGGUUAACAUAUCUCUGUUCUUUGGUUGGCCCUGGGAAAGAACCAGAUGGACUUCUUGGUUGGAUUUCAAAGCCCGAGAUAUUCAAUCUGGGUCUCCGCGUUAUUGUCAUCUCAUCUACUCUAGGAUCGGGUGCCCUUCCAGCAGAGAGUCUGCAGGUGCACCCAGAUGCUUUCAUGGCGUCGCUCAGAUCCCUCUUGCAAACAGGCAAAAUUUCGUCGGUCCAUGAAGAUUGGUUGUCGAGAAUCCAGGCUGGAUGGGAAAUGUGA